AUGUUUGUAGACAAGUAUCUUCGCGACCUGACCUACAUUCAUCAUGUCAUCCAUUCUCCUUCAUUACGAAAACUCGUGGAUGAUAUUUAUCAUGACCUCGAUCAGCAUAUAUCCCCCAAGCACAGUCACGUGGCGUUGCUAUUGAGCGUUGUCGCUAGUGCAACAUUCGUAUGGACACUCCAGGACGACCCGAAUUUGUAUCGCUCUGUGGAAGAUACCAGGCAGCAGGCCACCUCCUGGGUAACUGCGGUCCUCGACGUGCUGGAUCACUCACGGCGGACGAUGAAUGGCUCCAUUGAAGACGUUCAGGCCCUGGUGAUUGUAUCAUUCCUCGUCUGCAACAUGGAAGGCACGUCCCUGCGAUAUUAUGACCUGGUGUCUACGGCCACAACCAUAGCACGACAACUUUCUCUCCAUCGGAUUGACCUCCUAUCGUGUCGUCCGCAAAGUGACUCGGUGCGAGCCGAGGUCGGACGAAGGGUCUGGUGGUACCUGGCCGCACUGGACUGGAUCCUGAGCAGGUUUCCCGGACCCCACGAAGGAAUUUGCACGAUACAUCCGCAGCAGAUGACCGUCAACAAGCCACGCAAUAUUCCCGAUGAGGACAUGGUGGAGGGUCUUCCCCUUGUCGGAUUGGACAUAGCGCAACCGACGUCGAUGUCGUAUUUUCUGCAGAGAAUGCGACUGGGAGAGCUCUGUUACGAGGCCAGCAGCCGCUCCACGGCAGAGAACUGGGAAAUUACAACGUACGAAGAUGUCAUGGAGGUCGACGCCCAAUUUGAGAAGUUCCUCGGUGACUUUCCCCCCUUCUUCAACCUCGAGGAUGACGACAACGACGACGGAAACUUAGGACCUAAGGAUCCGGCGAUCACCGUACAGACUUAUAUUCUCGUCGGCAUGGUGCAGGCGCGCCGCUGCAAGCUCCACCUCCCAAGUUUAUGGCGAAGCUCCGACGAGUCGCGGUGGGCGCGGUCACGACAGAUCUGUCUCGACGCCGCGCGAAAGAUCAUCGCGGCCGAACGGCGGCUGGAGAAGGAAACUGAGAUGCCCUUCGCCCUGAGCCGCUUCAGAUUUGGCGGCACACUCUACUGCCUCUUCCUGGCCACCAUUGCGCUAUUGCUCGACGUUUGCCUGAACAAGGCAGCAGCUGGUGGUGGUACUGAGGAUAGGCGCCGAGCAGAGCUGGCGCAGGCUUUUCAGAUUCUCGAGGACGCCAAAUCCCAGACCAAGUUCGCCACGACGCUCUCCGAAUCUCUGCAAAGAUUGGUUUCCAAGUACAAGGUCUCGCUGCCCGCCGUGGACCAAGGCGUUCAAGGCAAUUCUGCGGCCAUCAUAUCACCUCCUGGCGCCACGCCCGAUGGGCUCAGCACAGGAAAGACAGGCAACGGUGUCCCCGCCCCAGAUCUGUCCUACCCCGAACUGCCCUUCUUUGAUGACGUAUGGCAGACGUGCGAGGGUGGCAUGCAGCUGGACGAGUUGGAUCUUGAGAGCAUAUUUGCGGACAUUAACGCCUACAUGUGA